AUGGCCGACGCUGAAAUUAAACCCUUCAAGGUCGACAUUACCAAGGAUGAGGUCGACCGACUGAAACGCAAGCUCAAGGACACUCGACUACCUCCGAAGCCCAUCGUCCCAGAAGCUGGCAACAAGUAUGGACCAACCUACGAAUGGGGCAAGAAUUUGUACGAUGCAUGGAUCAAUGACUUCGACUGGUAUGGGCACCAGGAUCGGAUCAACUCGGCGCCCCAUUUCAUCUACGAGCACCAGAAAGACCUCAAGAUCCACUUCGUGCAUGCUCGAUCGAAGCGGGAGGAUGCAAUUCCACUGAUCAUGUGCCAUGGGUGGCCAGGCUCUUUCUACGAGUUCAAUCAGGUGUGGAAUCAGCUUGCCAAUCCAGAAGAUCCGAAACAGCCUGCUUUUCAUGUUGUCGUACCGUCUCUGCCUGGGUACGGGUUCUCCGACUGGCCUCCUAGAGCCAAGUGGACUCUGCAGGACACUGCGGCCGUCUUCAAUACGCUGAUGCAUAAGCUUGGAUAUAAGCAGUACUACUUCCAAGGAGGCGACUGGAGUCAUUGGAUUGGCCGCGAGAUGGGAACACGAUACACAGACUCUUGCAAGCUCAUCCACUUCAACUUUGCUCCGAGCCCUUUGCCACCUCUCAGCAGAAGAGGGAGGCAAGAGUACACUGAUCGCGAGCUAGAAGUCAAAGGCCGUGUGGACGAUUGGCUCGAAGACCACAUGGGCUACGCAAUCGAGAUGCGCACCAGACCACAUACCAUCGGCUUUGGCUUCAACGACAAUCCUAUGGGUAUCUUGAUGUGGAUUGGCGAGAAGUACAACGAGGCAGCUGGCCCUGAGAACCAGAAGAAACGCCACUGGACGCAGCAUAUUCUUGCGACAGCCAGCAUUUACUACUUCACAGACACAAUCAUGCCUUCCAUGCUCUGCUACUACGAAAACGUCAGGCACGAGCACUUUGCUGACUUUGCGAUGGAGCCGUCCAAUCGUAUCACAGUACCGUUCGGUUUUACGUCAUUCUGGUGGGACACAGAGCCCAGCUCGAAGCGAGCUGUCGAAAGGACAGGCAAUCUUGUUUACUACAAAGAACGAGACGAUGGUGGCCAUUAUGCUGCUGCUGAGGACCCUGCCGGCAUUAUCGAGGAUGUUAGAGAAUUGGCUGUGCAGGAGUGGCACAAGGCGAUUGCUUAG